GAAAUGGACCAGUCCACGUAUCACAUGAUACGUCACAGGACCGUGGCAGAGCAAGGGGGAAGACGAUAAAAUUUGCCUCUGUGACUUUCUAAGCGAAGAAAGAAGAUUUUCCAGGUGGCACAGAGGACUGAGACAACAGACAAGAUGAAGAAGAAGGUCCUGUUAAUGGGAAAGAGUGGGUCGGGGAAGACCAGUAUGCGCUCCAUUAUUUUCGCAAACUACAUUGCCAGGGACACCAGGAGAUUAGGGGCUACAAUUGAUGUUGAACAUUCCCAUGUUCGCUUCCUGGGCAACCUGGUUCUGAACCUGUGGGACUGUGGAGGUCAGGAAGCGUUUAUGGAGAACUACUUUGCGAGUCAGAGAGACAACAUCUUCCGUAACGUGGAGGUGCUGAUCUACGUGUUUGAUGUGGAGAGUCGAGAGCUGGAGAAGGACAUGCACUACUACCAGUCCUGUCUGGAGGCCAUCCUCCAGAACUCCCCCGAUGCCAAGAUCUUCUGUCUGGUCCACAAGAUGGACCUGGUACAGGAGGACCAGAGGGAGUUGAUCUUCAGAGAAAGAGAGGAAGACUUGAGACGCCUGUCUAAACCACUGGACUGCACAUGCUUCAGAACGUCUAUAUGGGAUGAGACACUAUAUAAGGCGUGGUCCAGUAUUGUGUACCAGCUGAUCCCUAAUGUAGAACAACUGGAGACCAACCUGAGGAACUUUGCAGAAGUCAUUGAUGCAGACGAAGUGUUGCUGUUUGAGAGGGCUACAUUCCUGGUAAUCUCCCACUGUCAGAGGAAGCCACACAGAGAUGUCCACAGGUUUGAGAAGAUCUCCAACAUCAUCAAGCAGUUCAAGCUGAGUUGCAGCAAGUUGGCAGCGUCCUUCCAGAGUAUGGAGGUUCGUAACUCUGCAUUCGCAGCCUUCAUCGAUAUCUUCACAUCCAACACCUAUGUCAUGGUCAUCAUGUCUGACACAAGCAUACCCUCAGCUGCCAUGUUGAUAAACAUCAAGAAUGCGAGGAAGCAUUUUGAAAAGCUGGAGGGGUACAACAACGCUCAGAUGCUACUCAAGUGAUGGGGUGACAAUGACUACAACAACUAACAACAACAACAAUAAAACAACAAUAUUCUGUAUCCAAGUAAACAAGACUUGAAGUGUACAACAUCUGGUGUACACAAAGGUUUUCCACCAUACAGUGUGAGGUAGAAUCAACGACAUUGAACCUGUACAUAACUUGCCCUGUGUUUCUACCUCUGUGUCAGUUGUAGCCAUUUAUAUUAGUGGUUCAGCCACACAAGUGGGCAUCAGGCCACUGUAAUUCACUCUGUCUUAAUGGUAGCAAAAUUUCAUGGUCUGAGAAAAAUGGACAUGUUCGCAGAACUUAAAUCUUCACAGUGGUGGGAGGGAAGGGGGCAAAAGACAAAUGAUUUGAUAAAGGUAAUGAUAAGUUCACGGUACAGAAGUGACUGGGAACAUAAAAGCACCGUAAAAAAAGAGCAGGAAUCACAAUAAUAAACCUAUUGUAUAGUAUGUAUACUCUCAACACACAUAUAACCAUAUCACCCAUUCAAAAUUACAUUACUUUUUGGCAAUGCCUCAGGGGCGGAGACAUUCUAUAUGAAGGGC